AAGGUCGAAGGUCACGUUAAUGUGCAACGGGGGUGCAAACAACAGAGGGAGGCGGAGAUAAAUGCGCUCCGCAGGAAGCACGACAUUUUCAUUUCAGAGACGCCAUGAAAAACAUCAGGAAGCUGCUCGUUAUCUUCAUCGUCCUAAUGUGUGUGAAGCGUGCACAGUCUGUGACGUGUUUCGCACGCUUCGAGCGGACGUCGGGCAUCUGUGAAGAAGAGCUGGGUGACCUUGAUGAAGACGACUGCUGUCUCAACCCUCAUUAUGCUUACCUCACACAAGAUGGAGACUGCCAGUCCUGUGGUCCUCCAAAAUGGACCGACUGGUCGCCAUGGUCACCAUGUACCACCCUGUGCGGGGAAGGCGUGACCCAGAGGAGACGGAAGUGCUUUGGCAUUGGCCAACCAGAGUGCAAUAAUGCUCUAGAGUCUCUGCAGACCAAACCUUGCACCGGAACAUGCUGCGGUGAGGGGUGGAGCGCGUGGCUUCCGUGGUCGCCGUGUUCUGCGACGUGCGGAGGGUCCGGAGUCAGCAAACGGGUGAGGCUUUGCUCCGCAACUCCCGAGUGCCUCUCGGCCUGCAAUGGCGCCACCGAGAUCGUGAUGUCGUGUGAUGCCAGCGGCAAGUGUCCAGUGCACGGCGGCUGGUCGUCGUGGUCUUCGUGGUCGUUGUGCUCUUCCAAUUGCAUGCGCGAUGAUGCGGCUCCGCCAUUCAAACAACGCCGUCGCUCCUGUUCGGACCCCGCACCCUCUGCUGACACGAAGCCGCCUGGUGACGGUUGCAAGGGAGAUGAUGUCGAGCUACAGAACUGCAACGACAUUCCAAAAUGUCCCGUGGAUGGCAACUGGGGGGAGUGGUUGCCGCCAGGAUCUUGCUCUGCCCAGUGUGGGGAGGGGCUUAAACUCUCCAUCAGGCAGUGUGAUCAACCUGCGCCCAAAUAUGGCGGACGACUCUGCGUGGGACCAAACGCGCGCAGCUACCCGUGUCACAUCACUUGCGCUGUUGAUGGAUCGUGGUCCGGUUGGUCCAAUUGGGGCCAGUGUUCAUCUUCCUGCAUCUCGGAAGGCGGGCCUCCCAUCAGGACUCGUCAGCGUUCCUGCUCUAGUCCCGGGCCUUCGCUCUUCCCCGCAGGGAAGAGUUGCCCUGGCAACAGCAACUCCGUGGAGACCUGCAGCCAUCUUCCGCAUUGCACCGUGGACGGCGCGUGGGGAUCCUGGUCGGCCUUCUCGGCCUGUCCCGUAACCUGCGGCGUCGGAUUGGAGGUGUCACGCAGGAGCUGCGACAGCCCUGCCCCCAAAUCUGGUGGCCAGCCGUGCGCAGGCAACGACCGGCAGACUCGUCUUUGCAAUACCGGCAUCCACUGUCCGGUGGACGGUGUGUGGUCCGAGUGGUCGGCGUGGCAAAGUUGCACAUAUCCCUUCCGGGACCGCAUCAUCCGCUGCAAGCAGAUCGGUGGAAGUCAAAGUCGCGAGCGCCAAUGUUUGUAUCGGGAGCACAACGGUGCCAUCUGUGGAGGUGAUGACCUCAGUCUCAGUCAGUACAGAGGAUGCUAUGACGUCAACAGCUGCUAUGUCAAGGGGAACUGGGAGGGCUGGGAGCCAUGGUCUCUGUGUAAACCGGCAUGUGGAGGAAAGUCUCGGCGUCUCCGGAGGAGGAUAUGUUCGCCAGACUACAGCGACUAUCGCCCCACCAUCGGUCGUCUGGAGGAACCGGCCGUCUUCGUUGGGACGCCGCUGUUGGACUGCGCGGAUUUGCCACCAGGGGUCGACACGCAAGAGGUUCAGCCUUGUGUCAACGUGCCCGCCUGUGACUGAUGGUCAUGCGUGUGUGUGCGUGUAUGUGUGUGUGUUCCCAAUAAAAUUGUGGUGUAUAA